GCUUGCUUCUUAUUUCUCGGAGUUCCCGUGUUAGCCCCUGCUCCCCGACCGGAAGCACCAGUCUGAGCUUCUUGCAAGGCGUGAAGGGAGAACCAAGAUCCAGAUAUCUAGCUAAGGCUUCUGGACUUCUUUUGAAUGAAGAUGAGUGUUUCUGCCAGGAUAAUGUAACUGGAGGAUCCAGGUCUGAGCAGACUCGACCAUGGGAGCCAACACUUCAAGCAAACCACCAGUGUUUGAUGAAAAUGAAGAUGUCAACUUUGACCACUUUGAAAUUUUGCGAGCCAUUGGGAAAGGCAGUUUUGGGAAGGUCUGCAUUGUACAGAAGAAUGAUACCAAGAAGAUGUAUGCGAUGAAGUACAUGAACAAACAAAAGUGUGUGGAGCGCAACGAAGUGAGAAACGUCUUCAAGGAACUCCAGAUCAUGCAGGGGCUGGAGCAUCCUUUCCUGGUUAAUUUGUGGUACUCCUUCCAAGACGAGGAAGACAUGUUCAUGGUGGUAGACCUUCUGCUGGGUGGGGACCUGCGUUAUCACCUGCAGCAGAACGUCCGCUUCCAGGAAGACACCGUGAAGCUCUUCAUCUGUGAGCUGGCCAUGGCCCUGGACUACCUGCAGAGCCAGCGCAUCAUUCACAGGGAUAUGAAGCCUGACAACAUUUUGCUUGAUGAACGUGGGCACGUGCACAUCACAGACUUCAACAUUGCCGUGAUGGUUUCCAGGGAGAUGUGCGUCACCACCGUGGCCGGCACCAAGCCUUACAUGGCACCUGAGAUGUUCAGCUCCAGAAGAGAAGCAGGCUAUUCCUUUGCUGUUGACUGGUGGUCGCUGGGAGUGACCGCAUAUGAGCUGUUGAGAGGCCGCAGACCGUAUCAUAUUCGCUCCAGUAUUUCCAGCAAGGAAAUUGCACACAUGUUUGAGACGGCUGUUGUGACUUACCCUUCUGCCUGGUCGCAGGAAAUGGUGUCACUUCUUAAAAAGCUACUUGAACCUAAUCCAGACCAGCGGUUUUCUCACUUGUCUGACGUCCAGAACUUCCCAUACAUGAAUGAUGUGAACUGGGAUGCAGUUUUGCAGAAGAGGCUCAUUCCAGGUUUUAUUCCUAACAAAGGCAGGCUGAAUUGCGACCCCACCUUUGAACUUGAAGAAAUGAUUUUGGAGUCCAAACCUCUUCACAAGAAAAAGAAGCGUCUGGCAAAGAAGGAGAAGGAGAUGAAGAAGUGUGAUUCCUCUCAGGUGAGCAGGGUCCCCGCCACCCUCAGGAAUAAACCCUCUUUUUUUUUUUUUUUUAACCUUUUAAGAGUAAAAAGAGACUUUAAUCAAGGACAAGCAAAUGUAGCCUUGGACCACACCAAAGACCCACAGGCAGAAGAUGGCCAGAAUAACAACCUGUGAAGUCCUCAACAUCUUCUUGGGACAUUUCCUGGCACCUCAGGCCAGGAACUUCUGGUUUCCACGUCAGGAGGAGCUGACAGUAGUUCUCGCCUCUGCACGCCUCACACACCUUAGAAAAUGUGAAUGAACCUUUGGAAGGAGGCAGCCUGAUACAGUGAGGAGCCCCUGGGCUCCUGGGAACAGGUUUCACCACUAACUGUGACCCUGAGCAGGUCACUUCACCUCUUUCUUUGCUUCGGUUUAUUCAUCCAAAAUGAGGUUACACUAGAUGAGCUCUAGGCUGCCUUUUUAUUGCUACCAUUCUGUUAUUCUAAACAGCCUUUGUUUUUAUUUUUAAAAGAAUAUUUGAAUGUAGAUUUAUUUUUCCACUCCUUCUACUCACACUGUGACAAAUGGGCAAAUGGACACAGGUGGGUGAUGAGUGAG